AUGUCAGAAGAAGAUAAUUGUCAUUUGAUAAAUAUUCUUAAAAAUAAUAAAUCAAAAGAUGGAACAUCCCUUUACACAAUAAUAAAUUAAACAUUCAAUAAAAUAUUAAAUGAAAACGAAGAAUACACAUAAACAUUAGAUUUUUAUGAAUAACUUUAAGAUUUUAUAAAAUAAAAUAACUUUGUUUACUCAAAAAGACCAAUAGAUAUAUCAUUAAAUGAAAAUGAUAAAAAGCCAUCAAAAAUUUUUAAAUGGAUUUAAUACUGUGAAAAAUUAAUAAAAAAUUAAAAUAUUCAUCAAUAAAUUUUAUUCCCUGAUUUUUAUAAUGAAAACGCAAUGCUUGAAAUAGCAGGAAUAAACUUUUCAGAAGAAGAAUCAUAAAUAAUUUAAAUGUCAAUAAGAAGACUCGCAGAUUAAAAAUAGGCUUCCCAAAUAAGAUUUUGGGGCAAGAUUUUAUGUCAAUAAUAAGAUUAUUAUAUUGCUGAAGGUAUUACUGCAAAUGAAAAUGCAGAUACUUUACCAAAAGAUUGCGAAAAAAAAGGGGAAGGCGCUAACAUGUAUACAUUUUGGGUUACUAAUAACCCAUUAAAAUAAUGGGUUGAAUUACCUUUAGUUACUCCAUAAUAAAUAUAAUAAGUAAGAUAAAUAAAGUAUGUAUUUACAGGAAAUUUAAAUAAUGAAAUUAAAAAUUUCCCUCCUUUUUAAGGAUAAGAAGCGCAUUUUUUGAAAGCAUAAAUUGUAAGAAUUUCUUCAUCAUGUAUUUUAGUACCAAAAGGAGUAUAUGAAGUUAAUAGUGAAACUAAUAAAAUACAAUUUCCAGAAGAGCUUUUUAAAUAUCCAGAAUAUACUAGUUUAAAAGAUUUAUCAUAAUGGUGUCAUUUACAUUCUUUUUUAAAUACUUAAGGAAGAACUACAUAUUAUAUUGAUCCUGAUUUUGAUGAAGAAUAAAAAUUAAAAGCUGAAGAAGAAUCAGGAAAAGAAGAAAAUAAUGCAGAUAAAUUAAAAGAAAUAGCAGAAGAAAAAAAAAAUGAAGAAACAUAAAGCAAUUGGUAUAUGAGAGAAUAUGGAGAUUUGUAAUAAUUUACUUCUGAAGAUUAAACUUCAAAUUAUGGAGUUACAGUUUUAAGAAAUAAAACUUGGUAAGGACAUUAUACUGUUUUUAAUAAUGAAAGAUGGUGUAAUAUAUAUAUUGGAUAUGGUUUAAAAACUAACUAAAAUCCUUUUGUUCCAACAUAACCUGAUGAUUUGUGUGCAGAAGUUGAAGAUACAGAUGAGUUUUCAGAACCUAACCAUAAAGAUCCACCACCUAAAGAAGAUGCUCCUUAAGAUGACGAAAAUAAAGAAUAUUAAGAUUAAGAUUAAAAUUAAGAUUAAGAUUAAGAAUGA